AUGAGACCAUCGAAGGUCGUCUUUCAGCACAUCUCGAAGAAGGUAAGCUCAAUAGCGGUAAUUGGCGCUGGGCCAGUUGGAGCAGGGCUCACUAAAGCUCUCUUGCAUGAAAAACGCUUCAAAAACAUCAAGGUUUUUGAGAAACGAAGCACUUUCGGAGGUGUCUGGAAUUACACCAAACCCUUGUUCAAAACAAAAAACAUCACUUCAUGCCCUUCGAUACCUUGCGAAACUCCCCAUGCAAGAAAUGAACCGCAUUUACACGACAAACAAGGCUUGGUUUUCCAGACGGCCGUCUACAAGUAUUUGGACACUAAUGUGCCCAAGACUUUGAUGGCAUACGACAAUCACCCAUUUCCACCUACUGCGCCACUAUUCCCACUGCGAGAUCAGGUACACGAGUAUAUUACGGGGUAUUCCAAGGCGAUUGAGGAGCUGGUAACCUUCAACCGCGAGGUGGUCAAGCUGCAUUAUAACGACGACACGCAAACAUACGCACUCUCGUCGACAGACUUGCUUACAGGCGAGUCUGUAACUGAGAGUUUUGAUGCUGUUGCUAUUGCUACAGGGUUUUACGAUUUACCAUUUGUGCCGGACCGUCCAGGUUUGAAAGAAUGGCAUGAAAAAUAUCCAACGUCUGUAUCGCAUGCGAAGGACUUUGAUUGUCCUGAAGAUCUAGAAAAUGUUGAAGGGGAGAUAGUUAUCGUGGGUAAUAGUGCUUCGGGCUCCGAUUUGGCCUUCGAACUUGCUGGCCAUUUGCAAAGAACCAUUUAUAAGUCCAAGAGGUCUGAAACGCCACUUCCCUCUGGAUUUGACCCUCAUAUUCGCGAAGUGCCUGAUAUUUUGAAGUUUGACCCAAAUUCCAAGAGCAUUGAACUAGUGAACGGUGAACAAAUCAAAAAUGUGGACAGGAUCAUAUAUUGUACUGGUUAUCUGAAAUCCCUGCCAUUUCUACCAAAGGAAAACGAGGUAUACUCGAAAGGCGACUCUAUUUUGAGUGCGCUGAUCACUGAUGGAACACGUCUUCACAACCUUUACAACCACAUUUUGCCAUUUGAGCUACCGACUAUUGGUAUUCUAGGUUUGCCUCGAUAUGUUCUCCCCACAAGAUUAAGUGAAACGCAAGGUGCAUGGCUUGCCCGCGUGUGGAGCAAACGUAUAGAACUGCCGUCCUUGGAAGUAAUGAAGUAUUAUGACCAAUGGUUUCUCGACAACAACGGCGAUACCGGCAAAUAUCACGAUUUAAACUUCCCUAUGGAUGUGCAGUAUUCUCAGCGCCUCAAUCGCCAGAUAAGGGAGGCUGGGAACGGUGGAUAUUUCGGUGUGGAGUGGACUGGCGACCAAAUCAAAAUAAGAAGUUCAAUAAAGUCGCUAAAAGAAGGCUAUCUGGAUUAUUUGAGGGACACAGGUAAAAGAGCCAUGACCAUUAAAGAGUUGGUAGACGAGGGCUAUUUUGAAUGGCCGCAAGACGCUGUCAGCAGUGUCCAGGUGCCGCAGAUUGCUCCAUGA